CCGUGCCGCCGUCACCGACAACUCAGCCAAUUCGCUCCGCGUCAACACUCAGAAGUGCGACGGCCGCAACGAGGGAGAGAGCCGCAACGAUCAGAGAGAACAUGGUGACCAUGGAAGUAGCCAGCAUCGAAGUUCGCGAACUGCGGGAGCUGCUGCCGCUUUCGAGCGCCGGCGACGCGGAUGACGACGAGGAGGAGGUCAAAGCCGACCUCGCUCCAUCCUCGUGCCUCGUCCUCGACUGCCGCGCCUUCCUGGCGUUCGGCGCGGCGCGGGUGCGCGGCUCCGUGUGCGUGCGCUGGGGCGCGCUCGAGAGGAGACGAAGCGGCGCCGCGGGGAUGACCCUGGAGAGAGCGGUGCCCUGCCCCGAGGCGAGGGCUCGCCUGCUGGCGGGCGGCGUGGCCUCCCUCGUGCUCGUGGACGAGGGGUCGCCGAGCUUCGAGUCGCUGGGCGAGGAGAGCACCGCGCGGGCGGCGGCGCUCGCGCUGCGCCAACACGCGCCGCGCGUGCCGCUCGUCUUCCUGGCGGGGGGGUUCUCUGCCUUCCACGCGGCCUACCCCGAGCUCUGCCGCCUCUCGGCCGCGCCACCCGACCUGCCCGGCUCCCCCAACACCUGCACCCCCCGCGGGGGCCACGGGGUCACGCCGCUGUACGAUCAGGGCGGUCCCGUGGAGCUGCGCCCCUUCCUGCUGCUGGGCAGCGCCCUGCACUCGUCGCAGCACGGCGCCCUGCGCACGCUCGGCGUGACGGCCCUGCUGGACGUGACGGGACGCGAGGCGGAGCGCGCGGGCCCCGCCGCCGUCAUGCGCUACCUCUCCGUGCCCGUCGCCGACUCCCCUGCUGCAGACAUCGCCGUCUGGUUCCGCAGCGCCAUCCAGUUCAUAGAGUCGGAGCGACGUCGCGGAGGUCGCGUCCUCGUCUUCUGCCAGGCCGGGGUGUCUCGCUCCGCCACCAUCUGCCUCGCCUACCUCAUGUGGCGGAGCCGCAUGCGCCUGGAGGAAGCCUUCGCCUUCCUCAAGGGCCGACGCAGCGUCGUGUCGCCCAACCUGGGCUUCAUGGGGCAGCUGCUGCAGUUCGAGGCGCAGCUCCUGGCCGCGACGCCCCGGGAAGACGCGGGGACGGCCGACUGCGGCGACGGCGGCGGCGACGGCGACGACGCUUCCGGGUCGACCCCCCGCGCCCUUCCCGGCACCCCCGUGGCUCCGUCGUCCCCCUGCUCCGUGUUCAGCUUCUCGCCCGGAAGUCUUCCCGUGCUCAGCCCCGUCCCUCCCGUCUCGUCCUGCUGACGAGCUGACGAGCUGGCACGUGGCCGCUGGCUCUUGAUGUCCACGGACUCGGAUGUUUUGGCGGCUCGUGGGGUCUUCGGGGUUGUUGGAGGUCACGAAUUCGUCCCCGCGUUUCGCAGUCUCGGAUCCGUAGAGGAACCGGAACGCGUCGGCCGUGGCGUCGCCGCCAGCGGCUUCUCCAGCAGACAGGGCGCUUACCGUCCAAGCUCAGCUUCCCAGGAGAAACCGGUCUCGUGCGGCAUCAUCGCCACUAUCAUCAUCGCACUUUGACUUCGAGUUCCAAACAUCAAUGACUCCACCGGCACGAGUAGCCUGAGAUUGUAAAACCCCAGAGAUGGACUUCGUCGGCCCUUGAAACUGGAGCCACGAGCAAAGUGUUUUCAUGUUAGUGUUAUAUAUAAUUUAUAUUUUAUCCGGCAGUUCGUGUCGGGAAACGUUGAGGAGCGGACUUGUGAUGGGGGCACUGUUCACGCUCUGGCACGAGUCUGCGGAGGCUCGCUCUUGCCGGCCAGCUCCGUGUCGAGAUGAAACCACCCGAGACGUGGUUCCGCUCCUGUGUUGGCGACUGGAAAGACCUUGAGUGUUAAUUUAGCCGAAUGUCUGACGGAGAGGUCGCAUCCGCCAACGCGAGGAACUGGCUCAUUUUUUUUACUUUUUUUUGUCAUACAGCUGGGAUCGCCUCCGUGGUAGCUGCACCAAGUGAGGGCAGUGGUGGGUGGUGACUGUGAGCUGUUUCGCAGUUUUUGCACAACCGUUGAUCCCAUGGCUUGAUUGAGAAACUGGGCAGUUCAGAUUAACAAUGGGCGGGGGUAUUACAGGGACACGGUGAGACAGAACCAGGCCGGUUCCGUGACAGUUUACGAUGUACAUGUCGCGAUUAUAGGAGGUACGAAUGACAGCACGUGUGUGUGUCUGCGUGUAUGUAUGUGGAGCGAUAGUGUAGCGGUUUGAGCACUGCGCUACAAACCCAGCGGCCAACACCAGUGACGAUUAUCUGAACUGGUCCUGGGCCUCCCUUCAAAUGAGUAACCGGUGCGUUGUGUAGUAAACAUCGCCACUCGGGAGACAAAGGCGGCCGGGCGUCGUGCUGACCACCCACACCCUCGGUGCCUAAGAGCACUCGCCCCUACAGUCUGUUAAGGCUAUACUGGGGACCUUUGUGUGUAAGUGUGAGUUUUGUACAUUUUUUAAAGUAUAUAAAUGUGUUGAUGCACAGAGGAUUCUGUUGACGAAUACUGCGGACGCCAAACUCUCAGGAAAUGGUAAAAUGUCUGUUUUGUGCACAAAUAUUACUUCCGUGGUUAGCACAAUCAGUUGUUUUUGCUGUCGUGGUAUUGUUGUUGUGAAGGGCAACAUCGUGUGGUACUAAGUAUACAGUUCCGGUCUCAUACCCACAGCCCCCCCCCCAACUCGCCCCCCCCCCAACUCGCCCCCCCCCCCCUACUCACCAG